GUUAGUUGUACUGCUUUACUGUGAACUCUGAUUCCCAAUUCUGCCACCACCCUCGAUCGCGAAAGGAAAAUGGAAGCCACCGCAGUCACCGAGCAGAAUCAGCAGCCGGCUUCCGUCGCCGCCGUCGCCGCUUCCGCUUCUUCUGGUACGAAUCCAUUUCCGUCAAUCCCUUUGUGUCAUGGUCUCUUCGAUUUGUAGUUGACUUUGUUUACGAUGUUGGUGUGUUCGUUUAUUCUUUUCUCCCUUUUUGCAGGGGGUUCGAUCGGGAGAACGAAGCUGCGAUAUCCUCUAAGAUCCGCGGUGAAGUCCAAGGAGGAGAAACCGCCGACAGUUGCCGAUUCCACCGCCUCUGCUUCGUCGAGGAGUUCGCGCAGGGGAAGGCAGGCAUCGAGUGUGAGUAAAAGCGUAGGGGUGCUGGAUCUUUCUGCAAAGGGCAAAUCAUCAGCCAAACCCCCCAGAAGACUGUCCAACCCUACCAAGCCCGUCGUAGGUACUCCAUACCCUAGGCAUGGCGGAAACAUACCAGCAAUAUCUGAGACCAGAAGCAAGAGGAAUGCCAUCAGCCAAGGAAAGAUGGAAACACCUCCUUCUGAUGCCUCGAGGGCUUCCGUUCCACGGACCUUCAACAGGCUGUCCUCGGCUUCGUACUGGUUGGCACAGAUCAAGCUCUCUGAAUCUUCAGCCAAGCACUUGGUUUCUCUGGGUUUCUUCAAACUCGCCCUCGAAGCUGGAUGUGAGCCUCUUCAAAAGAUGCGUGAUGAGCUCAAGUCUUAUGUGCGGCGAUUUGAGCUUGGUGAGCUUGAAGAGUCCAAGGAACUGUUUGAGAAGUACAAUAUCUCUGAGAAUCAAGUUCAAGAGCAGCAGCAGGUGCAAAUCUCAGUCUCUGAGAACUACUCUCAAGCACCAGAAGAGGGAACAAGAUCAUCAUCUGAUGAAGAAUUCCAUAGUUCCUCUUCUACAGCAGGAACCAUGAAACUGAGACCGAGGUCCUUAAAUGCUGGUGCUCCAUCAGUCAAGAAAGAGGCCACCAAGAAGACUACUACUCCUGCUGCUGCUACCGCCAAGAGUAGAAUAUCUUCUUCACUUUCAAACAAGACUACCGUGAAUUCCAAGUCGGUCUCAGAGGCUGGAGCUGGUAAGUUGCAGAAGAAAAUCCAGAAGCCAGUCAAGCAAGAAGCAGCUGGUAAGAAGGGGAAGGAUCAGGUCAAGAAGAAACCAGGAAAUAAGCCUUCAUCUGGAGAAGGCAAGUGUCCAUGCUAAUUGCUAAUUGAUUUCCUUUCCCUGUCUUGAUUGUACGCGGCUAACAUAGGGUUAGUGUGAUUUCGAUCUACAGGUGUAGCACAACUCAGCUCUGCUGCAGAUGCUACUGACUGUAGAUCCGAGGAGAACAAAGAAAACAUGGAUGAAACACCAAUGGAGGAAGUAGGUACGACCGAAGUCGCUUAAGGAAGAGAGCUAUGAGUAAUUUGAAGCUUCAUAAUUACUACAUUCGUUGGUUGAAUUCCUGCAGUCCGAUGAUGGAUUUGUCUUCAGUGUUUUAUAGUAGUGGGGGCUUUUCCUUUGUAUAGAAAGGAGAUCAAAUACUUUUUUUUAUCCUUGAGUUGCUUCAAGUUUGGGUGUGUGAGGAAAGAAAAUUGUCUUUUCUGUUGGUUAUUUUCGCUCGAAAGUUUGUAUUGGGAAUUCUUUUCGUUUGUUCUUCUAUGGUGGAGUGGAGAUUGCUUGGGUUUUCCUAUGCUUUUCUCCCGUCGAUUUGGGUAUCAUUUCUGUCCUGUUGAUAUUUGCUCCCGACAAUUCUGCACCAUGGAACAAACAUAAAACCUGUAGCUCAGUCUCAGUGAAUCAUAUAACCUAUCACUUAGGUAGCCAGCUUCACCUUGUUCAUCAAGACUUUGAUGAACAUGAAAUUGGGCCUGGGGAGAUAGUCUUUCG